UGCAAAGUUGGAUUUGGGAAUUGGGGGAGUUCUGGGGAGCUCCAGGUGCGUUUUUAGGAACCCCAGGUGCGUUUUGAGGCAUUCCAAAUGUGUUUUUAGACAUUCCAGGUUCAUUUUUAGGCAUUCCAGAUGUGUUUUUAGGCAUUCCAGGUGCAUUUUUGGCCAUUCCAGAUGUGUUUUAGGCAUUCCAGAUGUGUUUUUAGGCGUUCAAAAUACACUUUCAGGCAUCCCAGGUGCAUUUUUGGUCAUUCCAGGUGUGUUUUUAGGCAUUCCAGAUGUGUUUUAGGCAUUCCAGAUGUGUUUCAGGCAUUCCAGAUGUGUUUUUAGGCAUUCAAAAUACACUUUCAGGCAUCCCAGGUGCAUUUUUAGGCAUUCCAGGUUCAUUUUUAGGCAUUCCAGAUGUGUUUUUAGACAUUCCAAGUGCAUUUUAGGCCAUUCCAGGUGUGGUUUAGACAUUCCAGAUGUGUUUUUAGGCAUUCCAGAUGUGUUUUUAGGCAUUCCAAGUGCAUUUUUUGGCCAUUCCAGGUGUGUUUUAGGCAUUCCAGAUGUGUUUUUAGACAUUCCAGAUGUGUUUUUAGACAUUCCAGGUGCAUUUUUGGCCAUUCCAGGUGUGGUUUAGGCAUUCCAGGUGUGUUUUUAGACAUUCCAGAUGUGUUUUAGGCAUUCAAAAUACACUUUCAGGCAUUCCAGAUGUGUUUUGAGGCAUUCCAGGUGCAUUUUUGGCCAUUCCAGGUGUGUUUCAGGCAUUCCAGAUGUGUUUUUAGACGUUCAAAAUACACUUUCAGUCAUCCCAGGUGCAUUUUUAGGAAUCCCAGGUACAAUUUUCGGCAUCCCAGGUGCGUUUUUAGGAACCCCAGGUGCAUUUUGAGGCGUUUUAGGUGCGUUUUGAGGCAUUCCAGAUGUGUUUUUAGGCAUUCCAAGUGCAUUUUUGGCCAUUCCAGGUGUGGUUUAGACAUUCCAGGUGUGUUUUUAGACAUUCCAGAUGUGUUUUUAGACAUUCCAGGUGCAUUUUUGGCCAUUCCAGAUGUGUUUUUAGACAUUCCAGAUGUGUUUUUAGGCAUUCCAGAUGCAUUUUUGGUCAUUCCAGAUGUGUUUUUAGGCAUUCAAAAUACACUUUUAGGCAUCCCAGGUGCGUUUUUGAGGCGUUCCAGAUGUGUUUUUAGGCAUUCCAGAUGUGUUUUUAGGCAUUCCAGGUGUGUUUCAGGCCAUUCCAGAUGUGUUUUAGGCAUUCCAGAUGUGUUUUUAGGCGUUCAAAAUACACUUUCAGGCAUCCCAGGUGCAUUUUUGGGAAUCCCAGGUGCAUUUUUAGGCAUUCCAGGUGUGUUUUUAGGAAUCCCAGGUACAUUUUAUCCACCCCAGGUAGAUUUUAACCACCCCAGGUGCCUUUUUAGGAAUCCCAAACACAUUUUUAGGAAUCCCAGGUGCAUUUUGAGGCAUUUUAGGUGCAUUUUUAGACAUUCCAGAUGUACUUUUAACCCCCCCAGGUCCAUUUUUAUCCAUCCCAGGUCCAUUUUUAACUCCCCCAGGUGCAUUUUCAGCCCCCCCAGGUGCAUUUUCAGCCCCCCCAGGUGCAUUUUUAUCCAUCCCAGGUCCAUUUUUAACCCCCCCAGGUGCAUUUUGAGGCAUUUUAGGUACAUUUUUAGGCAUUCCAGGUGCGUUUUUAACCCCCCCAGGUGCAUUUUAACCCCCCCAGGUGCAUUUUCAGCCCGCCCAGGUUUGUUUUCGGGGUGCCUGAGGUGAUUUUGCC